AGGAAGCGCUCGACCACAGAGAAACUGAGGGCUUGAGGAAAGUGAGCGAGGGCUGAUGUAGGGUGCUUAGAGAGGACGACAGUGAGAGCUGUUUGUAGUGCUUUUUUUCGUACAGGACGGGUAGACCAAAGACAAAACACCUCUCCAAAAUGCUCUGCCAUGUAACUCGACCGGACGCGGUGGUGAUGGAGAUUGAAGUGGACGCGAAGGCGAACGGAGAGGACUGUCUGAAUAAGGUAUGUCGGAAGCUGGGAAUUAUUGAGGUGGAUUACUUUGGGCUGCAGUUUUCUGGCAGUAAGGGAGAGAACCUGUGGCUGAACCUGAGGAACAGAAUCUCCCAGCAGAUGGACAAUCUCACGCCCUGCAGACUACGGCUCAGAGUAAAGUUCUUUGUGGAGCCUCACCUUAUUCUGCAGGAGCAGACGAGACACCUGUUUUUUAUGCAUGUGAAAGAGGAUCUGCACCGUGGACACCUGCGGAUGUGCUCCGAACAGGCCGAAGAGCUCAGCUCCCUCCUGGCCCAGGCAGAGUUCGGUGACUAUAACCAGAACACAGCCAAGUACUGGUACACUGAGCUCUGUGGCACAGAGCCAAACCAAGCCACCAUCAACAGUAUCAUAUCCAAGCACAAGGCUCUGGAAGGUCUGAGCCAGGCGUCGGUGGAGUACCAGGCCCUGCAGCUGGUGUCGUCUCUGGAGCAUUAUGGGGUGGAGUGGCACUGGGUGCGGGACGCUGAAGGACAGAGGUUGGCCUUCGGAGUGGGACCAGACGGCAUCGCUAUCUGCCGAGAGGACUUCAGCCUGGUUAACAGGAUAUCUUAUCCUUUAAUACAAAUUGCCACGCAAUCAGGGAAGAGCGUGUACUUGACUGUCACCAAGGAAACCAGCGACAGUGUGGUCCUGCUGUUCAAGUUAAUCAGUAAUCGAGCAGCCAGCGGUCUGUAUCGGGCCAUCACAGAGACACAUGCCUUUUACAGGUGAGACACCAUAAGCAUUGUUGUUAUGAUGAUAUAUAUUGUUUAUUUCUGGGGUUGCGUUGCUUUACUUUUCCUCAAUGAGAACAUCAACCUGGGCAAGAAGUAUGUAUUCGACAUCCGGCGGACCUCCAAGGAAGUGUAUGACUACGCCAGGCGCGCGCUGUAUAACGCGGGUAUCGUGGACAUGAUGUCGAGGCCGGGGGAGCGCUCUGUGUUGUCGAUAUCGAUAUCAUGUGAAGGGGGGGGGGCUGUGUGUGGGGGGUGUGAGAGGAGAGGGGUGUUGCAGGAGAAGCUGCAGAAGCUGCGGGAGGCGCUGCUGUGCAUGCUGUGCUGCGAGGAAGAGAUCGACGCUGCAUUCUGCCCCUGCGGUCACAUGGUGUGCUGCCAGAACUGUGCUGAACAGCUGCAGUCAUGCCCAGUGUGUCGUUCAGAGGUUGAACACGUCCAGCACGUCUACUUGCCUACAUGCACCAGUCUGCUCAACCUGACCAUCGGCGGCAGGAACAACAGCCCCGAACCCAUCCACCGAGGCAUGGCCUCCCACACCUGCACUACCAACGACUACAGCACCACGGAGAAGAUCUACCAAAACUAAGCUUGCCUGCCUCUCUUCCACAGGACUUUGAGUUCAGUUACCGCAGUGAAGGACUAAGAGUCCGAGCGCCGCGCCGGUUGGGUUGCUCCUCAAAGAACUGAUGUUUUUGAAACCAUUGAGGAGCUCUAUUAAUGUUUGUGAAUGUUUGUCUCUUAAAUUAAUUGUAUCAGUUGAUCUGAUAAAUGUACUUUUUUUUUUUUUCUUUUACUUUUUCAUACACAGCAGCAUGCAGAACUGAUAUUUUUUGCCUCAUAACCUGCACAAAUCUGUAUGCCAUGAGGAAAUGAAUUGUUUAGGAAGUAGCCUUUAUUUUUCUAAUUUAAUUGAAUUUUACGUUUUGGUUUUAAUAUGCAGCGUCCACUUUAAGUAUGUUUCUUUUGCAGUGGAUUUGAGUUUGUUUUAGGGUUUUCAUAGUUUCCAUGCCAAUGAAGAGGUAUUUAUGGCGAGGGGCACAAACCCUCGCAGCACUUUGAGUAGAGAGGAAGUUGUCAAAAUACUGAUCUUCCAUUCAUAUGUAGAUUCACAGCUUCCAUAACUGACACUCUAAACAUGACUGGCAAACACCCCUUGAGGCCCAGAGGUUUAUACUUUCUAAAGCUUUUAUUUCACAGUUCUGGUCAACCUGUGAUUUGCUUUGAAUUUAAAGGGUACUGAAUCAUCCGUCAGUGUAAUGCUAACUGUUUCAUGCUUCGUUUUUGUGGAGGUUUUAUAUAGAAAGGCUAAAAAAAAAAAAAGAUCUAAUCGACACUGUCACUUUAACAAGGAGUUUCCCAAGUGUAUUGUUCCUAGGGGUUUGCCUUAAUGUAGCAGCAACACGUGUGUUUGACAUGCAUUCUUUCUUUGCACAGAAUAUUAUUGAGAGAUGAAGAGGACUAUUUUCUUUACCGCUUACAUCUGCUAUCGAACAGUCACAGCAGGGGCUAUUUUUUCAAUUUGUAAAAGUAGGAUUUGUUUCUGUUUGUUUGAAGCAAAAACUAUGCUCUGUAAAUAUAAAAAUAACUCUCAAUCUUUUAUAUUUCUUUGAACGAGAGAAAUUAAUAAAGCUGUUUUUUAAC